CAACGAACUCCGCAAAAGCAAGAAAACAAGUCAAUAAUCAGUUCUUAAUGAUGUCAACGAAAAUCAACCCUGUGUCGCCAGUCACGGUUCCCGCGGCGACAUGGCGGCAUCUCCUUCGAUCACUCCUUCGCGAGGCAUCUUAUCUCCCCGACCCCGUCGCCAAAGGCUAUAUGCAUCGCUAUGUCCUCGGUCGAUUCCGACACUAUGCGAACAACCCCAGCUUCGAAGAACGGAAUGAUCUAUGGCAACGCUGGCGACUACGGAAGACAGCUAUCAAGGGUCUGUCGGUACUACAAAGAGCCAAUCAAGGUUAUAUGAAACCACUAGAGAAAGUCCUACGCAUGGCAUAUGGUCGCACCGGGAGGCGGAGGAGGGAACUCAUUCUAAGCCUCAUUACUCGAACGACUCGGCCUUCGGAGCCGAAGCCGAAGUGUUUAGAAGAUCUUUUGGCCAAAAAUAGCAUGACAGAGGACUGGAAACCGCCUAGGGUCGUUCAAGAUCUGUUGAAGGCUCAGCUCCAGCAACCUUUGCUUCAAUAUCUCGAUGCAGCCCCAAGAAUCAAGGAUUUUGAGCCGGUCAUCCCCGAAAAGAAUUCAUGGGCUAGGCCGGUUCCACAUUGCCGGCGAAGGAAUAUCAGAAAGAAAUGGUACAGCAAAGUCUUGGCCAACCUCCUUCCACCAGUCCCACGCCGCGAUCUAAAGAUUCUUGAAGGUCUAAUAUCAGGCCAAUUGCCAUGGACGCCACCUAAAAGAAGGAAAGCCACUGGAACUACCCCUGCUCCUCCAUCUGAGCCAGAGCUCGAUGUUGAAUUCUUGGUGAAUGGCCCAAAGAAGGGUCAGACGUUCAAGCCCUAUGCGGCCGGGCGACCUCAUGUGUUCACACGUCGGUUCAUGCUCAGAAUCUGGAUGCGCAUCUCAAGUCUCAUACCCCGCGUUCUCAUAAUCGAAGAAGCCGGGACUGGGAAAGUAAAGCACAGGUUUACAUGGAAACGAGAAUCUAUGACCAGACCCACUCUUCCAGCGAGGAAAGACAUGACAGCUGAGAUCUUCGAGGGCGUCGAUUCUCAGGGGAAAUUGCUCGCAGGUCAAUUGAAGCCCGAGCAGCAAGGCAACGAUCAACCUCAAGACGCACCCGACGUCAAGAUUCACUAACAUACACACCACUUAAGACACUCCUCAAGGGAAUUGAAUCACACCUUCAAAAUUGCAU